CCAUCCGUGUCCGUCGUGUGUUGUUGAUGUGGUACGCGAAUCACGACCCUUCCCGGCGAACCCACGGCUCGUGUGCAUAUAUAUAAUCAGUCAGUGGAGCGCUGGAGAGUGAUUAACUUACGGAGUGCUCUGUGUGGACGUCGCGAAAACCCCCUAGACAAAGCGAACCAACCAUCGAAGCAAUGGCAUUGAAGUACCUUUGCCUCGCGCUGGCCACCAUUAUGGCUGCCUGUUCCAUCGUGGCCAUACCGUCCGGUGUAUCGAACCAAAUCGAUGUCGAUGCAAUCCGGGAACGACUCCCGGGGAAUCUAACGCUACCAUCGUUGGAAGAGGUCGAGCGGUUGCUGCGGGACAAGUGUUCGACAGCUGGGGCACCGGACGAUGCGUUCGAUAAUGCGCGCGAUGCCGCCAUGACGUUCUUCGAGUGUGGCCGAGGGCUGAUCGACAUUAACCAGUUCCAGCAGGAGGUGGAAGCGGCCAAACCGACCGGUGAUCUCGACACCGUCUUCAACAAGUACUGCCGCAAGCGGAACACGCUGAUCGAGUGCGUCAACACGUUCGCGAACGCGAUCGAUCCGUGUCUGGAGGCUGACGAGAAGGUGGUCAAGCGAUCGGGGCUGGACAUUUUCAAGAAUCUCCUGAACUUUGUUUGCCACAAGGAUGGCGAUCAGAUUGCGCUAUUCAUUGCAGAGAAAGGGCCGGAGUGCUUCCUGGAGCAGAAGAACGAUCUGAUUGCGUGCGUGAACGAAACGUUUUCGGGCUACGUGCCGGAAACGAACCUCGAGGCGAUACCGAAGCUGGUGAUUGGACCGAAGCAGUGCGAGGACUUUAAUAAGCUACAGAACUGUAUGGUCCGUGAGCUGGAGGAGUGCGAUGAAUCAACGCCCGCCAAUCUAGUCGAAUCGCUGUUCCGGUACAUCAAGAAAGGAUCCCCUUGUGUGAACAACUCUGGAUGAAAAUAGGGCCACAUAAAGGCAGUGACCGUGACGUGACCGUGCGUUGUUAUGACAACGGAUCACAUCCGAACCGGAAUGAAAUAAAUUAGGAAUACGUUGAUACGUGCA